UGAGGUURCUUUCUGUCAAUUUUUGGUAGUGAGUGUUUUGAAUAUAGCUUUCCCCGGCAUUCWRCGCGAUAUACUCCAGACAUUCAAUAAGUCACUCUAAAUAUUUAUAUGUCGAAUUCAUAUAUGAGUUCUUGUAACGUGAUGUUAUAAAUUAAGAAAUCAAUAGAUAUUUCAUGAUGUUWAGGUAUUGAACAAUGAUUUUAUUGCAGGCAAACAAAACUGAUUUUUAGAUAAUGUUGUCGGUUGUCCUAGCUAACUAUUGCUUAAGUUACAACUUUACAGUAUAAAUCAAAACUGCUUUGAAGUCGGAAACAAGUGCUGUUCAUGGAUGCAGCCUUGARCUAAGAAWUGAGUUUUGUAGAUUGAUAUUCUUGUCUUUUUAAAUCAGGAAUUUUAUUUCCGGAGUAAUCAGCAAUUCUCAAGAAAACGUUGAAUGACAGAAGGUACAUSGUCUUCGUGGCUCUUAGUAAUAACUUUUCUACUUCAGCUGUAACGGUGCUUGAGCUUAAGCGCGGUCAGUAACUUACCAUAUUGAGAUGAUUUUCGAUAUACAAGCCAAGAUAUCCCUUACAAAUGAUAUUUUGUACAGCUAUCGAUAAUAACACAAAGUAUUUUAAAAUCAAAGAUAAUAUAGCACAGCAGAUAGCAGUCACUUGAAUGAUAUCAGACAUGUCAAAACCAGACCAAGGGGCACACACUUGUAACYGAUCACUGCACAGGAAUAUUAAACAAUAUUUUGAACAAUUUUCAAACCAUAGAGUUACAUGUGCGUGAAAAAAUCCUAUUUCAGUUAUAAAUAACUUGAAGGAUAUGACGUCACGAGUCAAUUAUAGAACUUCUUCCCUUGUUGAAGAAGCUUUCACGCAAUUACUUCGACGUCAGAGAAUUCCUCACAAGCCGGCCUCUUGACUGUUAGUAAUUCAUGUGUGUUACUGCCAUUUGUGGCAAUAGGUGCUGUGUUUCUAGAUAAGAAACCGAUGUUAUCCAGCAUGGCCAGCACUGGCGGAAUAUAUGACUGGCGACAGCCAUUUUUCAUUCAAGGAAAUAUCUGAUGCAUAUUUUUGUUGAUUAGAAAAAGGURGACCUUAUGCGACAAUACUGUUAAAAAUAUCGAAUUUAUCAUUUUUUAUUUGCUUUUAAAUUCACCUAUUGCCAUGCCCUUGCAAAAUAUAUAAAUCGGACAUUCAAAACAAAACAAAAAAAGAAAAAGAAGAAAAAGAAAAAGAAAAAAAAUGGCGGAUUCGUUGAUCUGGAAUUGCCAUGGAUCACUGCAGAAAAAUCGCGCCCUUAAAGGUUGUAAAUUUGAUGUAAAUAUGAUGUAAGUGCCCAAGGUUCUGUAAAUUUAAUGGGAAUCCUUUACAUCAAAUUUACAGAAUUUUGGACACUAACAUAUUUACAUCAAAUUUACAACCUUUAAAGCGCGCGAUUUUUUCCAGUGGAUGAUGUUAGCCCUAGAAAACCCCUCACUACAGUCCUAUAACAAUAGUUCCUAGUUCUAAUCGUACAGUAAAAUAUACCUAUAUGUGAUCAAGAUCCAAGCGUACAGCCUACGCAGUUAUAAAAUACUCAUGUCGGCGCACAGUGAAUAUAUACGCAUAGAGCCGUGCGAUUCUAAGUACUCUUAAGUACUCGACGUCUCACACAAUAGCUCAAAGCAUAAUUUAGCUAUUAGCACUAAAACCUCCAUUAACACRCAGACGAACAGCGAUUGACACAAAGCUAAUUUUAAAUCGGAUUCGAGUGCCAUCGGAUGUAGUAUCACCAGGAACCACCUYAAAGCCUUGAAAUGAUUUGAUUACGGUUUGCAUGGCAUCAAAAUGGUGUUACGASACGAACAAGAAUUUGUUGAAUUGAACGCACUACCUUAAAGAAAAGCUCACCUAUAAGGAGAAAAUCAAAACAUUUUAGUAUUACUGAUGCUUGAUGUAGAUAUGACAAACCAUUACCACUAACAGCAGAUACGAACGAGCCUUUCAAAMAAGGUUUGAUGUCAAAAAAAGAAAAAACCGGCCCAGAUAUUUGAUAUCUUGUUUUUGUCGAGUUUUGAUUUCAACUUAAAAGUUCAAUGAUCGAUGUUCAUGCAGUAAGUCGGAUGGACCUGACGUCGGUCUUGGUAGGAGUGAAUGUAAACAGCAAUUAUAGAACAUGAAAGCUGAAACACUUUWGUAUUCAAGAAACAAUUAUAUGAAGAACGCUGCUGAGAGCGACUYUUUAAAAGGAUAAAGACCUGUGGUUCAUCACAAASAUGAAUAAYWSUACMAAUGCACCACAAAACCAGCAACAAAGUACAAGCACWGACACYGAAAAGUACACCAUUUUGGGUUUCUUCAUCGCUACAUUUGUCAUAGGUCUCGUAGGUAACGUCCUAGUCUUGGURAUUGUCGUGAAAAAACGUGUAAAAAGAACGGCAAACGAUGUUUUCAUCAUGAAUYUAGCGGUCUCGGACUUGACAAUGAUUUUCUUUCUCCCACUUCAAAUCAGCGAGUUGUUUGGAARGUUUCCUGGAAAUGUCUUCACUUGCAACUUUGUAAGACCAUUGAUGACUGUCACUUUCUUUGUUAGUAUAUUUACAUUGACUACAAUGGCGGUUUAUCGAUGUAAAGUUAUACUUAACCCUCUACGUCCUGAGAUGAAAGAACUUGUUGCUAUUUUAGUAGUUGUAAUUAUAUGGAUAGUGUCAUUUAUAUGUGUUUUGCCGCUAAUGAUUGUCAACAAGCCUACAGGACAACCACCGUGUCAAGAGAACUGGCCUUCGGAUUCACAUAGRAAGUCUUACACUAUAGCCUUAGUAAUACUACAAUAUAUUCUACCAUUACUUAUAAUUGCUGUUGCUUAUGUGAGGAUUGGAUUAGAUCUCUACCGAGCUCGAUUGAUCCCAAGAAAGUUUUCAUUCAAACGCAAAAGUUCCGCCAAAGACGAAGGAAUAAGCAAAGUGAACUUCAAAGCAAGAAAAAGAGAAAACAAACAAGUUAUCAAAACACUAGCAACCAUAGUUGUCAUGUUUGCAUUGUGUCUUCUUCCUGGACAAGUUACAUGGUUACUUGCAGACUUUAGUGAGAUGUCAUUCGAUUCUUUGAAAAUAUGGAUGGAGUUAGGACUCGUUGCGUCUGUAUUUCAUAGUUGCAUAAAUCCAUUGGUCUAUGGCACGCUCACAAGACAGUUUCGUCGAGGAUAUAUCAAAUACCUCUCGUAUUUAUUAUGCUGUUGUGAAUCAAACAGUACUGUCCAGCGGUUGCGCAUGCUCAGAGACGAGUCAACACGAACUGAUUCUAGAAAACGUAGUUUCGGGUUCCAUACAGAAAAAUCAACUCCAGGAAGUAUAGCAACGGCAAUGUUAGAUGUGAACAGAAAGACGAGUUGUUUCUCGCGUUAUUUAAAGCUUGGUUCGAAUAAUAGUAUGAAAAAUGACCAUUCAAUGAAUGAUACCAGAUGUAAUGGAGAGACUGUUGUUUAAAAUACAACUUUAUCCAAUAGAUUGUCACUACCAAAAACGCACAAGAUAGAUAUGCGCGCUAUAUUUCAGGAUCAAAAUAUAAAAUAAUAUGUACUUAAAACAAUAAAAAACUUUUGUCAGAAAGUUUUGGUUUAUUCUAGAAUAUUUUGACCGGCAAAAACUGGAAUAAUUAACAAUAUGUCUUCAAAAGCCUUUGGUGGUGACAAACUUAUUGGAAAUUGUUUGUUUAUUGUGCUAAAGUAGCACUAUUUAUGCACCAACUUAUGUUUAUUAUAAGGCUUGUAAACAUUGAAAUAAGUCAGCUUUGUAAAGCAUAUUAGUGUUCAAAAUACAAUCUGGGAUCACUUUGAUAUAAACGCUUUGACUUUGAUAA